CAGAGCUCUGUCCGGCAAGCGGCAGAGGGGAUGUCCUACUAACUUCCACCCCAAAAAAAAAAAGCAAAAAAAAAAAAAUAACUUUCUAGAAACUUUCGGUCAAACAGACAAAAAAAAAACCCAAAACACUAACUGACUGACUGACAAAGUGUCGCAACUCGCCUCACUCCUACUUUUAUGAAACUUUUACACGUGUUUUUAUUUUGUUUUUAAAAACUAAACCAGAGGCUGCACAUCUACGUUGAUCACCUUUGAAUGAGCCGCUCGCGUUGAGAGUUCUUUAUUUUCGUCAAAGACCUUAUUUUUUAAUUUUUGACGUUGGGAUAAAGUCGCUUCUUUAUCAUUGACAGACUCGUGAUGGCUGUCCUGUCACUAGCGUUACUCCUCGUAGGACUUGCAUUGACUUCAGCUGACAAGGCUGGUGAAGUAGAACAAGAGGACCAGCUGAGGAGCCGGCUGAAGGAAUAUGGCCUCGUGACUCCCUUCAGCACCGACUCCCACGGACGCUACCUGUCGCACCUGCUCUCCGCCACCCACAAGCAGCGCGUCAAGAGGGAGGCGCUGUCCUCCGACGGAGCCGAACAGAAGCUUUUCUUCAACAUCUCCGCCUUCGGGAAGGAGUUCCACCUCCGCUUGCGCCCAAACACCCGGCUGGUGGCGCCGGGCGCCAUGGUGGAGUGGCACGACGAGACGCCGGGCGUCGGCAACGUCAGCAACAGCAUCGACGAAGGCGGGGCGGAGAGGAUACUGCACCGUGAGCUGCUCAAGACAGACUGCACCUUCAUCGGCGACAUCACAGACGUACCCGGGGCCUCGGUUGCCAUUAACAACUGUGACGGACUGGCCGGGAUGAUCCGCACCGACGCAGACGAGUACUUCAUCGAGCCGCUGGAGCGAGGCACUCAGGAGCUGGAGCACCAGGGCCGGGUCCACGUGGUCUACCGCCGGUCCGCUCUGCUGCAGCCCCCCUCCGACAUUUCUGGGGACUACCAGCUACCAGAACCAGAGCUGGACGUACCCGGGACCCUGGACUCUGUAGCCCGGCAGGUCAAUGAGACCGUCCGCCGCCGCCGAGAUGCCGGAUUGGACGACUACAACAUUGAAAUCCUGCUGGGGGUUGACGACUCGGUGGUUCGGUUUCACGGCAAGGAGCAUGUGCAGAACUACCUCCUCACUCUCAUGAAUAUCGUGAACGAGAUUUACCACGACGAGUCGCUGGGGGUCCACAUCAACGUGGUCCUGGUGAGGAUGAUCAUGCUGGGCUACGCCAAGUCCAUCAGCCUCAUCGAAAGGGGGAACCCUUCACGGAGCCUGGAGAAUGUGUGCCGCUGGGCGUUCGUGCAGCAGAAGGGCGACCUCGAGCACGCCGAGCACCACGACCACGCCAUUUUCCUGACUCGCCAAGGCUUCGGCCCAACGGGGAUGCAGGGUUACGCUCCGGUCACAGGAAUGUGCCACCCGGUCCGGAGCUGCACCCUCAACCACGAAGACGGCUUCUCCUCGGCCUUCGUCGUGGCUCACGAGACCGGACACGUGUUGGGAAUGGAGCAUGAUGGCCAAGGCAACCGCUGCGGGGACGAAACGGCGAUGGGAAGCGUGAUGGCUCCUCUGGUGCAGGCGGCCUUCCACCGAUACCACUGGUCCAUGUGCAGCGGACAGGAGCUGAAGAGAUACAUCCACACGUACGACUGUCUCCUGGAUGACCCCUUCAAACACGACUGGCCACAGCUCCCCGAACUUCCUGGCAUCAACUACUCGAUGGAUGAGCAGUGUCGAUUCGACUUCGGUGUGGGCUAUAAGAUCUGCACCUCAUUUCGUACCUUUGACCCGUGCAAACAGCUGUGGUGCAGCCACCCGGACAACCCGUACUUUUGCAAAACCAAGAAGGGGCCGCCUCUGGACGGGACGGAGUGUGCUCCUGGAAAAUGGUGCUACAAAGGUCACUGCAUGUGGAAAAACCCUAAUCAGGUCAAGCAAGACGGCGCCUGGGGUUCCUGGAGCAAAUAUGGCUCCUGCUCGCGCUCAUGUGGGACUGGAGUUCGCUUUAGGACGCGUCAGUGCAACAACCCGGCGCCCUCCAACGGGGGCCAGGACUGCCCGGGAGUGAACUACGAGUAUCAGCUGUGCAACACCGACGACUGCCCCAAGCACUUCGAAGACUUCCGAGCCCAGCAGUGCCAGCUCCGCAACUCCCACUUUGAGUUCCAAAAUGCCAAACACCAUUGGCUGCCCUACGAGCAUCCCGACACCAACAAGAGAUGCCACUUGUACUGCCAAUCAAAGGAGACCGGAGACAUGGCGUACCUGAAGCAGCUGGUGCAUGAUGGGACGCGAUGCUCCUACAAAGAUGCCUACAGUAUCUGCGUGCGCGGAGAAUGUGUGAAAGUCGGCUGCGACCGAGAGAUCGGCUCCAACAAAGUUGAGGACAAAUGUGGCGUUUGCGGCGGGGACAACUCCCACUGUCGCACCGUCAAAGGGAGCUUCACCCGAACGCCAAAGAAACCUGGUUACCUUAAGAUGUUUCUCAUUCCUCCUGGAGCUAGACAUGUGAUCAUCCAAGAACACGAGGCCUCCCCUCAAAUUCUUGCAAUCAAGAACCAGGUGACGGGGCAUUACAUCCUCAACGGGAAAGGAGAGGAGGUCAUGUCCAGGAGCUUCAUCGACUUGGGCGUGGAGUGGAACUACAUCAUCGAGGACGAGGUGGAGACGCUGCACACUGAGGGACCGCUGCACGACCCCGUUGUGGUUCUGAUUAUACCAAAAGACAAUGAAACACGGUCUACUUUAAUGUACAAGUACAUCAUCCAUGAAGAUUCGGUGCCUGUCAACAACAACAAUGUGAUCCAGGAGGACACGUACGAGUGGGCUCUGAAGAGCUGGUCUCCCUGUUCCAAGCCUUGUGCCGGGGGGUUUCAGUACACCAAGUAUGGUUGUCGAAAGAAAGGGGACACCAAGAUGGUCCAUCGGGGAUACUGCGACGCCAGCAAGAAGCCGAAACCCAUCCGCAGAAUGUGCAACCUGCAGGACUGCACACAGCCUCAAUGGAUCUCGGAGGACUGGGAGCAUUGCACCAAAACCUGCGGCAGCCUGGGCUUUCAGAUCCGGACCGUUCGCUGCAUGCAGUGCCUCAACGAUGGCACCAACCGCUCCGUCCACAGCAAGUACUGCAGCGGGGAGAAGCCAGAGAGCCGGAGGCCCUGCAACAGAGUGUCAUGUCCUGCACAGUGGAGGACCGGAGCCUGGUCAGAGUGCUCUGUGACCUGCGGAGAGGGGAUGGAGAGGCGUCUGGUCACAUGCCGAAUCGGAGAUCAAUGUAACGGAGAGAAACCGGAAACUGUGAGGUUUUGCAGACCGGGACCCUGCCACGAUGAGCCGUGUAACGGGGACAAAUCCAUCUUCUGCCAAAUGGAGGUGCUAGCGCGAUACUGCUCUAUUCCGGGCUACAACAAACUGUGCUGCGACUCGUGCAGCAAGCGCGGCGGAGCUCUGUCUCUGUUCUCGGAGGCGGCCGAGAUCGAGGAGCACGUUCGCUUCGGAUCGGCCUCCCAGCUGCUUGAGACGCUGACGGCUUCUGCAGCGGCCAACGCCACUCGCGGCGGCAAACGAGGCCCCGGCAAAGGCGACGUCGCGAGACACGCCGCCACCCCCGCCCUGCUGAAGAAAACCCCACCAAAUAUCACGGCGGCACCCCGGCGGGUCCCGCGACACAUGGGCCUCACUGGCAGGAAACUGCCCGCGAUGGCGCCAUCUCCCCCAGAAGACUCCACAGAGGGUCAGAGGUCGAGCAGCUCGACAGAUAGUCGGCAGCCUACAGCGUACUCUGAAGUGGAGAGAUGAGAGUGAGGCCCUUCCCCUUCAGGACUCGUAAUGUACAGCAGCUUCAUCCUGAGUCUUCUCAUGCCAGAAACACCACAGAGAUACAAACCGAGAGAAAGAAAGAAAAGUGCUGGUUCACUUUGUUUUUUUUAGUUUUGUUUUGAAUUUCCCGUCCCUUCCGCCCCUCAUGUUGACUUUUAAAAUGAAAUCUCACAGGGAGCUCCCAGAGCAUAUUGUGACUCAAACAGCCGUGUUGCUUUGCUUUCAUACAUUUGAUUGAGAGGAAAAAAUAAUACAAUGCAUUCAAACUAAAGGGGGCAAGUGGUCCGAAAACAAGUCAAAUCCGUGUCAAAUGAAAAGCUUAAUGAAUCACUUUAUCAAAUAGGUAAAUAACAGGUAAAUAUAAAAAAAUGGCAUCUAAUUAACUACACUGAUCCUAAACUUUUAACGGUAGAUGUCACAAAGAAAUUGUUGCCUAAUUCCAACCAAACCUUUUGAUCCCAACGCCUCUUGUAGCUUUCUUUGACGUCGCCUGCAGCGUUAGGUGCAGUUGGGUGUCUGUAUUUCCCCUCUGCUUGGUCUUUUCUCUGGCCUGGGGAUUUAAUGAUUUAAUAAGGUUCUGCAGAGCUUUGCAGCGGGCCUUCUGGCAAAUCCUCAGCAGACGGCAAAAUGUCAACAGGUGCAGUCAUUAGAGCCGAUUCAAUUUGGGAAAAUGUAUGCAGACUGCAGAGAUCGAACGCAGGAUAGAAAUAGACACAGGAAUUGGUGCAGAAGUACACCGUUACAUUCACCGUGAUGUUGUUCUUUAUCUAAAUCCCAGAUGCUUUGGAUUUGAUUAACAUUGCAAAACCACAUGUUGCAGCUGAUGAAACACCUCGAUGUCAAAUUUCGUUGACUCUCACCUUUUGAGCUGGGUGGGAUGUUUGAUUGGCUUUGAAUUUGAAGUGGAAAAUGAUGGGCAAAAAGUUUGGAAGAUCAUCUCAUGCAGCUGAAAAUCCCCUUUUUUACUUGAACGUUACAAAAUGCCAUUUUUCUUGCCAAAAGGAUGUAGGUGUGAAGCUUGACUUGCAAAGAAUUAAACCUGUCCCAGUAUUUGAGGAGUCAAAACACAACAAAAACACCAGACUUUAUAUGGCCGCUAAUGGAAAGUGGCCAAACCAGUGAAAGCCGUUCGGAAAAUGGUUUUAGUUGUAUAGAUUUUUAUAUAUAACCAGCAAUGUCUGUUAAAUGGCGCUCUACAGGUUCUGUAGAAAAUGGGUAUUUAUAAAGGUUCCUGUAAAUACUGUACAUGAAAAUAUCAGUAUUAUUUUAAGAAGCUGAGGAUACUUUCAAAAACCAUUUUAACCAAUUAUAAUAAAAUAUAUUAUUAUUAAUAUCUAAAUGUUUACAGUUUCAGCAGCGGUGUUAAAUGGACUUUAAUAAUGCACCAUCUCGCUCUAAAUGCUUCUUCUCUGGGGAAUGUUUGAAGAAAAUAGUUCCACAUUUUAAGAAGUACGCUUCUUUGCUCUCUUGCCAGGAGUUAGAUUUGAAGAUU